AUGGGUAUUAGCCGUAAAAUUUUUCUCGCUAUCGCUGUAUCUAUUUAUCUAUCUAUAGGGUUGAUUAGCCGUAAAAAGCAAAUCUAUCUAUCUAUCUAUCUUUCUAUUUAUCUAUCUAAUCCCGUAAAAAGCAAAUCUAUCUAUCUAUCUAUCUAUCUAUCUAUCUAUCUAUCUAUCUAUCUAACCGAUAAGCCCAAAUCUAUCUAUCUAUCUAUCUAUCUAUCUAUCUAUCUAUCUAUCUGUCUGUCUGUCUAUCUGUCUAUCUGUCUAAUUGUCUGUUUUCUCUUUAUCACUGUAUCUAUUUAUCUCCGUAAUUUUUUUCUCUCUAUCGCUGUAUCUAUUUAUCUAUCUAUCUAUAGGGGUUUAGCCGUAAAAAGCAAAUCUAUCUAUCUAUCUAAUAAGCCCGUAAAAAUAAAUCUAUCUAUCUAUCUAAUCGAUAAGCCCCGUAAUUUUUUUCUCUUUAUCGUUGUAUCUAUUUAUCUAUCUAUAGGGUUGAUAAGCCGUAAAAAGCAAAUCUAUCUAUCUAUCUAUCUAUCUAUCUAUCUAUCUAUCUAUCUAUCUAUCGAUCUAUGUCCCGACUUUUCAUCGCUUGCAAAACCAGUUGCCGCUUUUUAUUCUUUCCAAUUUCGGAACCAAAGCGUACAGAAACAAUUUCUAUAUUUCAAUUUUAAUUGUAUCUAUCUAUCUAUCUAUCUAUCUAUCUAUCUAUCUUAUAUCUAUUUAAGAUAA